GUAUUGCGCGGAGAGGACGAUGGGCACUCAUCCGGCGAUGAGAUGGAAGCCGAACCAGCUCCCCCAGAGCCCGAGGACUUUUUUGACCCUAACCCCGAUUUUAACGAAUUUAACCCCUUCCCCUUCCCCCUACCUCACCAAGACCCCGAACCCCAACCUGACCCCGAAUUACCCCCAACUAACAACGACCCCGUCCCUGAAGAUGAAAGCGGGGCUGCGCAGCCCCACCACUACUGGCUGCGCAGACCCCGUUCACCAAGGCAGCCACGAAGACGGGAGCAACAAAGGCCGCAGCCGUUCCGGCCUCAUAACAUCGAGAGCAUGAGGCCGGAACACCAAGCCGAGCUUUCGGCACCAUCAACAGACGCAUACCAAGUAUGCGAAAACAACUUAAUAUAUUUCUUAACGACACCAAAUUUACUAGCGUUAUUCACUUACAAUCCAUGUUUCAGGGUGCCGUUUGCCCGGCUGUGCCAGGUCCUCAGCCCCAUUCAAAACCGUGAGGGCCUGGAAAAUCCACGUGCGGAGGGCCGCAUGUCACCAACAAGAAACCCUCUGCACGUGGUGCGGCCACGUCAUUGCGAUGCCCUCGGAGCACCUCUCGGAGGACGCAAUCAAGGUGGUUAUGGACUCGCACCGAACCGAGAGGUGCAUCGGUGCCUCCAAACGGACGAUGGAGGCACGAAAAACCGCCGCCGCGCGCCUCAUGAUCCUGGGCCGCGACAACUCACACUUCGCGGUGCCAGAGGAGGGCGCAGAUGA